AGCAGUGGACCAAACAAACCGAAUCCUAUGGUACCCAUUUGACCAGGUUACCCUAUUACCAUUAAUACCAAACCCUCUUUUUCUUCUUCUCCUUCUUUGUCAACACCCUUUUCUCUCUCUGUUUCUCCUUCUUCUUUCAUGGUGUUUCUUCUGCAAUAACUACUAUUAUGGCAGUGGAGCUCAUGACGGGUGCUUACAGUUUCACAUCCAAAUCCGAAGAUAAUGCUGUCCAGGAAGCCGCUUCUGGUUUGGAGAGCGUUGAGAAGCUCAUCAGGUUGCUGUCUCAGACUCAGAAGCAGUUUCAUCAUCAUCACUCUUCUCCUUCUUCUUCCUCUGCACCUCAUAAUCCCAACCUUACUUCCAUAGAAAUCGAGAACGAUUGCAGAGCUGUUGCGGAUGUUGCAGUUUCCAAGUUCAAGAGGGUGAUUUCUCUUCUGGGUCGAACCAGAACUGGCCAUGCUCGCUUCAGAAGAGCUCCUCUGCCUCUUGUUCCAAUUAACCAAGUCCCAAAAACAGAGCACCUUCCUUCUGAGCCUAGAAUCUUCAACGCCAUCCCUUUGCAGCAGAUCCCACCCUCCACCGCCACCCUCCACCACCACCACCACAGAGAACCCCCCGAAAUUGGAGCAGCAACCACCGCCACCCUCGAGAGGAAGGAAUCUUCUAAGACCCUCAAUUUCUCAUCCUACACCUCUGCUCCAAGCUCCUUCAUCUCCUCCCUCACUGGCGACACCGACACCAAGCACCACCCGUCGUCGUCGUCUCCGCCGCCAUCAGGGUCUUUUCAGAUCACGGCAGGGAAGCCUCCUCUGUCAUCAUCCUCCUUAAAGAGGAAGUGCAGCUCUGAAACCUUGGGUUCUGGAAAGUGUGGCAGUUCAUCUGGACGCUGUCAUUGUUCCAAAAAAAGCAGGAAAAUGAGGUUGAAAAGGGUUGUGAGGGUACCAGCAAUAAGCUUGAAGAUGGCUGAUAUUCCACCAGAUGAUUAUUCCUGGAGAAAAUAUGGUCAGAAACCUAUUAAAGGAUCCCCUCAUCCAAGGGGAUAUUACAAGUGCAGUAGUGUGAGAGGUUGCCCAGCAAGAAAACAUGUAGAACGAGCCCUGGAUGAUGCUGCUAUGCUGGUAGUGACCUAUGAAGGAGAGCACAAUCACGCUCUCUCUGCAGCAGAUGCUACUAAUCUCAUUUUAGAAUCAUCUUAAGUUCAUGUUAAUCAAUGUGACAAGCAAUUUCAAAGGUAAUUGAUGUUGAUGAAUGAUGAUCAUUAGAUUUUAGCUAAAGGCUGUUUGGUUUGUGUUACAAUAUUGGAUUGGAUUCCUUUAUCUUUUUCGUUGUCUUCGAGGCUGAAACAAACAAACAAACACUGUGAAGAAUCCAUUACCAUUAUAGUACUAGUAAAUUGUUUUUUUU